ACCGCCAGAAUGUCAACAAUUCAAAAAUCGCCCUCCAAAAGGAUGAAGACGAUGGAUCCUCAGAAGCUUGAAUUGAAAAAUAUUCGGGAACAGCAACGCCGUAUUAAGCCAGGGGAAUGCCUGAAGUUCGUUCGAGUUCUCAUCGAUCCAGAGUGCCUUUGCGCUGGUCUUGGACCGCAGAUUCUUCAAAAAUUGGGUGAACUAGGAAUUAAGUAUGAAGUUCAAUCGCAGAAAAUUCCACGAACCGUUCUUUGGGAGAGAGCUGAAUCUCAAACAUUGGCAUCAAGUAGUGAAAUGCUCAAACUCUCUGACAAAUACAUCCGAGAAUCGCAAGCAUUAUUCAUUAUGUUAGGCGAAGAAGUAAUUGAAGCUAUCAAAAAUAAAUCCAUGCACAACCAACUCCAAUCGUUAACAAAGGCCUAUCCAAAUUGCAGUAUUACUUUGCUUAUAUUCGGUUUGAAGAAAUUCUGCCGCCAAGAAUCGACUAAUGUUAAACGUUACGACAUUGAAAAGUGCCUAACAGAGAUUCAGAUAAUAUACAAUUGCAGUCAUCGUUUGUUUGAAACUUCCGUUGAACUGGCAGCAGCCAUCGGCCAAUUCAGUAAAGCCAUUGCAGAAAUACCCUUCAAAAAACAGCAAGCAGACAAAUAUUCCGACGCAAACCUGUUUCUCUCAAACGAUAACAAAGAUUGUGUACGAGUUGAAGGAACUGCAGGUCUGUCACGCCUUUGGCAACAGCAUUUGACGCGUUUACCGCUCGUGACAUUGGAAACAGCUGAAGCAAUUAUAUCCAAAUACCCAAAACCUAAACAGUUAUUAGAGGCGUAUGAAACUUGCGACGAUGGGCAAAACCUUUUAGCUGACCUGAAAAUCCGAAGAGCUGGCGGACCGCUGACUACCGACCGCCGUAUUGGUACAGAAUUGAGCCGGAAAAUAUAUACAUUAUACAACAGCCUAGAUCCAAACGAGAAAUUAUAGCAAACGACCAUCUCCAAGCAUGAAUUUUCUGUAUUAUUUAUUAAAAGUUCCGUUUUUAUCCAUGUUUCAAUUUAAGAUGUUAUUUACAUAGA